AUGGCGUCCCGCCGGUGGCUGGUGUGGGCAGUCCUGGUGGCGUCAGCGCGGGCCUUCUGUCCCCCCGGCUGCUCGUGCGACGACGACGGACCCAGCGCCCGCUGCGUGGGCGCGGGCGUCAACGUGGUGCCCAUCCUGUUCAACCCGGGGCUGAGGCGCCUCAACCUCGCCCACAACGCCAUCAGCUCGGUGGCGCAGACACUCGUGUUCUUCGACCAGCUGCGUGAAUUGGACCUCUCGCACAAUCUGCUCGCCUCCCUCGGCACCCAUAACUUCGAGAUGCAGCGCCACCUGCAGGAGCUCCGCCUUGCCCACAACAAUGUGUCUGUCCUCCUCCCGGGCGCCUUCCGCGGCCUGACCUCGCUUGGGCUGCUCGACCUGGGCCACAACGGUCUCUCGGAUCUGCCGCCCGCAGUAUUAGGGGACACGCCCCGCCUGACUGUGCUCCUGCUGGGGCACAACAAGCUUCACGCGCUCGUCCGCCACGCCUUCCACGGCUGCCCCGCACUCGAGGUGCUCGACCUCUGCGACAACUACUUCCGCCACACGCCCACGGCCGCCCUCGAGGGUUUGGGGGUGCUCCGCGUGCUCCAGCUGUGCCGCAACCGCCUCACGCGUCUCGAGGGCGGCGCCUUCCCCACGCCUGCGCUCGCCGCCCUUGCCCUGCAAUCCAACAGCAUCGACCACAUUGACGAAGCCGCCUUCCACCACCUGACGGCGCUGCAGAAGCUCAACCUCAACGACAACCUUCUGUGCGAGGUCCCUGCGGCGGCCCUCGACCCGCUGGGCGCCCUCGAGAGCCUCCAUAUCGGCAGAAAUCAGAUCACGAGCCUCGGGGCGCUGGCCUUCCGCAGCCUCCGCAGCCUCGACUUCCUGGAGGUGUCCCGGUGCCCGCGCCUCUCUCGCCUCCACCCGGAAGCGCUCUCCCGCUGCCGCAAGCUACGCUCCCUCACGCUCUCCCACAAUCCGUCCCUCCGCCGCCUCCCCAGCGGCUUCCUCGCGCCCCUCCCCAGCCUCCGCAGCCUCGACCUCCGCGCCAACAGCCUGCAGACGAUGGGUUCUUCCGACUUCGCCUGGAGGUCCCUGGCGGUCCUCGAUCUCCGGGACAACCCACUGGUCUGCAACUGCUCCGUCAGGUGGCUGGCGGACCUCCUGUCGGCCGCCAACACCUCCAUCUCGGCGCCCGACCUCCAGUGCGGCGCCCCGCCCAAGCUGUGUGGACUCUACCUCUCCAGGUAA